UGCUUUGCAUGGUCUGUUCUGCCCUCUGGUAUCAUCUUGCUUUUCAUGCAGGUGCUGUUGCCAGCCACAGGCAUCUGUCAAGGGCAAAUUGUGAGCACCUAAAGUGAAUCAAACCCAUGCUGUCAAGAAGCCUCAUAAAAGUGCAACCAUGCUGAACUUUGAUGCUGUCAAGGAGCCCAGGGGCUUCAUGAAAGUUCUCCAGUUUUUCUUUGCGAUCUUGGCGUUCGCCACCACCACAAGCUUUAGCACGCACUUCACGUUCCACGCGACCGUGAGCGCCUGCAACGCCACCGGAGGCAGGGACGUGGUGCGGCAAGACGUGGUCUACCCGUUCGCACUGGACCACGUGUUUCUGAAGCAGCAGGUGUGCAACCAGCCAGCCGUGCAGGCGUCGUUCCACUUCCAAACGGACGUCUCGUCGGACGCCAAGUUCUUCGUGGCGAUCGGCGUGGUUUGCAUGCUGUACUCGAUGGCCGCCCUGGCCGGGUACACGCUCUUCAGCGAGCGAUACGCGGAGAGCCGGUUCCUGCCUAGUGCCGACUUCGUCGUACACGGCGUGCUCGCCGUGCUGUGGCUGGCGGCCUCGUCCGCUUGGGCCGACGGCACGGGCACACUUAAAGCAGGCUGCAACCCCGAACUGUGGCUGAACCAGGUGUGCGCCACCAACCAGCAGAUCAGUUGCGAGUUUGCUCCAGACGACUUCAACGGCUCCUUCGCGAAGCUGCAUAUCUCGCUGCUCAUCGGCUUCCUGAACAUGUUCCUGUGGGCUUCGAACAUGUGGUUCCUCUACAAGGAGACGCCCUGGUUCAAGACCGCGCAGGCGCCCGACAGCGACACGGGCAACAUUGGCAACAUCUAGGGGCUGGUGGCUCCCUGUACUUCACCUGCUGCACCUCGCGAGCACCUCGCCGGCGCGGCGCAGCGGCGGCCCAGCGCCCGUGCGGCCAGCUGGGGCUGCCACGCUCCGGGUCGACGACGCCCAGCCCGGCUCACACCGUAGCUGGCGGCGGGCCCCGGUCGACCCCUGCACGUGCGUUUGUGACGGUGGUCGGGCGUUUGUGGUGCUGUGAGGUCUGUGUUCGUCGGGGUCGGCCCGCCGGCGGGCGGUGCGGGGCGUACCGGCACCGGCUGGGGGCGGACCAUGCACGUGGGGUGAUCGGCCCAUGUGGCGUGCCAUGCUGCCGUACGUGCCGUCGAGCAUAAUGAGGGCGUGGUCGCGCCAUCGGCCGCUAUCGCGAGGCAGAGGGUGCGAUUCGCGUUUCAAUUUUUCGGUGUUAACCAGAUUACCAACGCGAGUUCAUGCAUCUGUGUGCUGAAAGUGCCUGUUAAUCCGUGAUAAAUUGGGGUUUUAUUUUAAUAUGUGUGAAUGACAAAUACCCUCCAAAGACUGGUUUCAGCAAUGCUAUGUAUGUCGGAAAGUGGAUGGAGAAGGAAGCGCACAGUUGUGCUUUAUGAGUUUAAACCAUCUGCUCCUCUUCUAAUGGCUUAUUGCGGUUGAUGAACCAUGCCAUGCAAGCCGAGGAUGGAGGUCACCUUGGCGUGCUCCUGCCCUAGUUUCGAGCUUCAUGUCUCAUGAUGCGACGACAGGACCGCGUGCUAACAGGCUUAGCGCCCGUCCCGUUCUCGCCUCUGGAGUGUUUCUAAUGUGUGGUUGGUUCGGCGUCGCUCUUCCGUGGCGAUGAAAUCAGCUCGUCACAGCUCGACGCGGCCAACGGUGUGCACAACGAGAAGGAUCCAGAUAUAAAUCAAUCGUUACUAUGGGUCCGAUCUGCUCCGUUCACGCCAAUCCUGUAAACAAACAGCGUAAUAAAGAAAAUGUGUAAGA